AUGGACGUCCAGUGCGUGCCCUGCGACUACGACCCGGUCUUCGAGGUGCAGGUGCGCAGCGAGCGCUUCAAGUUCAACGCGUCCCACUUCGUGGCGUUCCGCGGCUUCCGCGAGCGGCUCCACGGCCACAACUACACGGUGGGCGUGCGCGUCUUCGGCCCGCUGUCGCCCGACGACGGCUACGUGCUCGACUUCGGGGACGUGAAGAAGACGGUGCGCGGCGUCUGCGAGACGCUCAACGAGCGGUUCCUGUGCCCGUGCCGGUCGGACGUGCUGGACAUCCGCGACGCGGGGCCCAACGUCGAGCUCACGGCCGAGGACGGCGCCUUCUUCUCCAUCCCGCUCGGCGACUGCGCCAUGCUGCCCAUCGUCCACUCGACCGCGGAGGAGCUCGCGGCGAUGAUCUGGCACAAGACCAUCGAGGCGUUCGGCGUCGACAUCCUGAAAAAGCGGGGCAUCACGGCCAUCGAGAUCGCCGUCGCCGAGGCGCCCAUGCAGGAGGCGCGCUACCGGCGGAAGCUCGCGGGCUUCGCGCCCGGGGCCGCGCCGAUCCCCGCGCGCGCGCCAAACGCGGGCUGCGGCGCAAACAUCACGCCGGCGGGCUAA